UCAUGAACGGAUAAUAAUAAUGUCAGAUUCAGAGACGAGUAACCGCCUUCUACUGCUAUUUGAAUAUGCCUGAUUGGUUUGAAAGUAUUAGCUAUUAAGGAUACCUUUGUGUAAAUAUUUUAUUACAUUUUUGGUUAUUCUCCGGAAUUUAAUUUCAAAUAAUUAAAGUAAUUACAAAUUACUUUGUCGCAGUCCAUAGCAGUAGAGAAAUAAUAGCGAAAAAAUCAUGAAGAAUAGGACCUGGAUGGAAUGGUUUGGUUUGCCAUCGGGUGUCACAUAUGAAGACGUCGAAGAAAAAAUUGGUGAGCCAUAUCCAAGUUUGGCAGAAUUUUGGAAAUGGGCUCUGAUUUUUGGCGCUGCACUGUACAUUUUUAGAGAUUACAUCCUCAUCCCAUUAAUUCUGAAGCCUCUUGGCCUGAGAGCUGGCGUCAGGUCUCGGCCGUACGCUGCCCCACCGCCCAACAAAACUCUUGAAGAUUUGUAUGCUGUAAACCGAGCGCGACCGCCGCGCCAAAUGCUGACAGCGGCCGCGUCGCGCAUCAACUGGUCGGAGCGAGCAGUCGAAAGAUGGCUUCGGCAGAGAGCUUUAUCUUCGCAAAUGACAACGCUGGAGAAGUUCUGUGACAUGGGUUGGCAAGGUUUCUUCUAUAGUUGCUUCUUCAUCGCAGGCUUGUUCAUAGUUUUACCACAAGAUUAUGUUUGGGAUUCCUCUUUGCUCUUCGAAGACGUUCCGUAUCAACAAGUUCCAGUCAUAAUUUGGUGGUACUGUGCCUUUGACUGCGGAUUUUACAUCACCCAAAUGUACACUCUGCUUGCCCUAGAUAAACGUCACGAUUUUUACAUAAUGUUAAGCCAUCAUCUGGCAGUUUUUCUUAUAAAUAUCGAUAACGUGUCCAUGAACGGGAUGAACUUACUAUCUUUGAGUGUUUUCAUCCACGAGGUAGCCGACAUACCUCUUGCUUUGGCAAAAAUGCUCGAUUACUCGGGCAGAAAAGAGUUCAAUACUUUCAGUGCGGUAGUCUUUGCUGUGGUCUGGAUAAUAACUAGACUUGUGCUUUAUCCAAUGAUGGUUAUUAAACCAAUUUUCACAAAAUAUUUUACUUUAGGUUUCCGUAUUUGGCCGGCACUUUACUUGGGAUCGGCUUUAUCUCUUAUUUUGCUUUUCCUUCACUGCAUGUGGACCGUGGAGCUCGUCAAAGCAAUAAAAAUGAAAUUAUCUAAGGAUAAAGGCUUCGCAGACGUUAGGUCAUCUGGUGAAGAACUCUCUGAGGAAGGAAAUGUUACUGAAAACUCAAAUUUGGGCACUAAAGUCCGAAACAAAGCUGGUGGUUCACUGGAUAAGGAUAAUGGGAGACAGCGCAAAGUCAUUCGUUCCGUCAUCUAAUCUUACAAAAUUUUUAUUUAUAAGUGAAACUUGAAUUAUUGUGGUGUCUAAGUAUUAGCCAAAUGAAUUAAAUUUUUUCCCAGGUGUAUCAGAACAUGAACAUAAAUUUGUUAUAAUCUAAACGUUAUUGUAUGCACGUUACCUAACAUCGUUAGUCUAUAUACAUCCUGUACUCUUUAGAGUGCCUACUAUCUUAUAUAUGUCGGCGUUUAACGAAGGCUCGAGCUGUUUAUAGGAUCUUUUAUUUAAGCCUCGUUUCGUGUAAUUGUUUUCGACUCGACAUGCUAGAACUUGAGCACUUUUACCAUGAAUAUUUUUUGUAAGAACAACUUUAAAAUACGCUCAAGUUUUAGUGGUCCUAAAUAUAUCGCUCAUGCUCAUUUGAAACCGCUCCAUUUAUACGUUAUGUUAAAACUAUAGAGUUCAACGCUAGUAUUUAAAAAUACAUACCUUUUGAUAAAUCUGAUGAAUUAUCUACUCUUCACUGACCUGAAUUUGAUUUUGCUCGCAUCGCUUUGAAAAUUAUGGUAAAAUUAAUCAUUUAUUCGUUAGCUUUAUCUUCGCCUGGGUUCCUGAGUCUACAUGUGUGAAAGUAGAUUGGGAUUUUUAUUCCCGUUAAAAAGCUCGUUCCAGCAAUUAUUAUCUAUCAAAACAACGCAAUUUGCAUCAUAGCUUCAAUCGUUCAGCUCCAUUAUAACACACGUAAGAUGAGAACAAAUGUUUGAUAGCACUUUCCUCCCUAAUAAUGCUAGGAAAUGUGAACCAUGUAAUAUGUGAAGAAUGUUGUUGCCCUCUUCACUUUGGUCGAACGAAUUUCGAAUUGUUUCUUCAGGAGCGAUUUUUCAAUGAACCAUAUAUAGGUAUUUCCAAUUUGAUAAUUGUAUUCCCUCAAUACCAAAGAGAUUUAGGACAUGUCGAUUCAAAUGAUAAGGCGUAUUUAGAGAAAAUAGCUCUUUGCUGACACUAUUCUUAUAGCGAUAUUUCUACUAUAGCAGACAUUUUCUUAGCGCAGAGUUAUAUAUAGUUUCUAAUUAUCAGAGAAUCUCCGUUCAGCUUCAUUAUAUGAGCUAUGUCAAGAUUCAACAAUGCCUGCACAAAUUUUCGAAGAUAAUUGCAAUUAUUUGCAUUCAUUCGUGAAUAAUUAAUUGAUGAAUAAAUUCAAUCGGAAUAUUGUGAAUAGAAAUAUUUCAAUGGAUUUUUCAUAAGUCAAACAGCUCAUUAUUCACACCAACAAUUAAAACAAUUGAGUACAUUUCUCAAAUAUUUGCCUGAUAAUUUUUUAGUUCUUUGCAGACACGUAAACCACUAAUUUUAAAUCUUUAUUCUACCGGAUUCUUUUGAAAUUUUAAUUAAUGCUCUUCGGCGUCGUUAAUAUUACGAUGAGACGGUGAGCCUUUUUGCUCGUUGAGACCGUCUGGUGGAAAUAUGUAUUAAAUUAGUAUGUACACAUUGGAAAAUUAUGUAAAAGACAAUUUGUAAACGAAUUCCAUGAAAUAUUGUAUGCGUAUAAAAAACGAUGUAAUAAACUAUAUGAGUUAUAGCAACUAAGCAUUGUAAGUAAUAACAUGACCAUGGGUUGAAAUGGCUACUUCAAUAAAUAAGAUUCUCGAUCACGGCGGCUGUAGUUUUAAAUAAUCCUUCCUCUCUUCAAGUUUCGUCAGAAAAUCUUGCUUCACUGCUUGGUGAAUUUAGAUUACCAUUCUCAUAUAAUCCCGAUAAAUCUAGGAGAGUUAAUCAUCAUCAUCAUUAGAGUUAAUCAUCAUAGUUAAUCAUUAGGAGAGUUAAUCAUUAAUUCCUUCACUAACAAUUGAUCAAAAAACUAUGAUUUAGUUUUCAUUAAUUUAAUGUUUGAUAAAUUUCGGGCAUAAAUUUUCCAUCCUCACCUGCUCUGUGCCACAAAUGAUUUGGGUGACGUUUGAAGUAGUUUUAAUGUGCACAUUCCACGUGAAACUAACAUCUCGCCCAAUACUUAACUCCACUUUCUCUGAAGAAUUUGUGCCAGUUCGUUGCCUGACCUCACGGCAGCAACUCCUAAGGUGCUGCUUUGGGCCAGAUUCAUUGUUGAAACUCUCCUGUCUACGCUUCAAGUUAGAUAGUAUGGACUAACCUUUUCAAGAAUCUUUGGCUCCUGUUCACCUUGGAAACUAUGGAUUAAAGCCACCCAUGGAAGCUUAGCUUGAGCUCGGUCGGGACUUUGGACGCAUGCGUGGGCACGUGCUGAAGUGGAUGUCGUCUGCGCUACGACUUACCUCGAUGGUACACCUGACGUUUUGGAUGAUACCACUACCUUGACCCCGGCAUCUUACCUCUGCGCGGGCGUGGAUCAGCUCCAAGAAGCGGCACCUCACCAGCGAUUCACCGAAGGAUUUUUUAGCACUUCAGAAUUUUCGGGUUGGGCAGACGCAGGAGCGAGUUGCGGCUCCUUUGCCUCUUCACGCUUAUUGAAGAGGAGCCGCUACCAAAAUUAGGCAGCACCAAACUAACUAUCUCGUGGAAUUGAUGGCUAUUUAUACCAUCUUGAAACUUUUUAAAUAAAGAAAUUUCU